GGUUAAGUAAAAUGCAUGCAAAUUAAAGCUACGUGUCCAUCUCAAGACACUCAAGUCUCACAUCUGUCCCUCUUUACUUCGACUUCGCUUAUUUUUGGCUUCUUUUAAAACUCUCUCUGUCUUCCCACUUCUAUCUUUCUUCUCAAGCAUCCAUUUCAAUUCGGAGUGUUUGAUUAUAAUGGCAACAUCAGCUCGUAGAGCGUACGGUUUCGGUAGAGCCGACGAGGCUACACACCCUGACUCCAUUAGAGCAACUCUAGCUGAGUUCCUCUCCACUUUUGUCUUCGUCUUCGCAGCUGAAGGCUCUAUCCUCUCUCUCGAUAAGUUGUAUUGGGAUCACGCGGCUCAUGCGGGAACAAACACACCAGGAGGACUGGUACUAGUCGCGUUAGCUCAUGCGUUUGCUCUGUUCGCUGCUGUUUCAGCAGCCAUCAAUGUCUCUGGUGGACACGUUAAUCCGGCAGUCACUUUUGGUGCUCUUAUAGGAGGCAGACUCUCUGCGAUCCGUGCCAUCUACUACUGGAUAGCUCAGCUUCUAGGAGCCAUCCUCGCUUGUCUCUUGUUGAGGCUCUCAACAAACGGCUUGAGACCAGUGGGUUUCCGUCUAGCAUCAGGUGUUGGAGCGGUUAACGGACUCGUGUUAGAGAUCAUUUUAACAUUUGGCUUAGUCUACGUUGUCUACUCGACUUUGAUUGAUCCAAAACGUGGAAGCCUUGGGAUUAUAGCGCCGCUUGCGAUCGGACUCAUAGUUGGAGCAAACACGUUAGUGGGUGGACCGUUCUCUGGUGCAUCCAUGAAUCCAGCUAGAGCCUUUGGCCCAGCAUUGGUUGGAUGGAGAUGGCAUGACCAUUGGAUCUAUUGGGUUGGACCAUUCAUCGGUGGUGCUCUAGCCGCCCUUAUAUAUGAGUAUAUGGUCAUACCUAGUGAGCCUCCUACGCACCACACCCACCAGCCAUUGGCUCCUGAAGAUUACUAGAUGGGUCUUUCUUCAUGUCACUGGUUCUGAUCUUGUUCUGUCUCAAUCUCUUUGUUUGUAUGAAAUCACUUUGCAUAAAAUCACUUUUUUCGAUGCAACUCUUUGUUUGUAAUAACAAUAAUAAAUAAUAAAGAAAUAUUUCGUAA